AUGCAGUCAGGAAUCUCCGCAAGCGCGGAACUACACAAUGCCUUCAAGUCUUUUCUGAACGACACAGGCCUCUAUGCCCUUUUGGCCGUCAUCGAGAAAGAAGCCCUCGUCCCCUUCGAUAAUGUCUCCUCCAAAACCGACCUCCCCCAGCACCUCAAGAGAGACCAAGCCCUCUACAUCAUCCUCCGAAACUCCGACAGCGCUAUUAUCGCCAUUACCUACGUCCCGGACGCCGCACCGGUCCGCUCGAAGACCCUCUUCGCGUCCACACGGCUGACCCUGCUCCGCGAGCUCGGGUCCGAGCACUUCGCCGACUCGAUCUUCGUCACGGAAGCGGACGAGCUGACCGACGACGGGUGGAAGAAGCAUCAAGCGCACGCCUCGGCGGAGCGGCCGUUGACGCAGGAAGAGAAAGAUCUGGAGGGGAUUAGAGAGGCAGAGGCGUUGGAGAGCGGUGGAACCGGACGGAGGGGCGGCGGAUAUGGGACGAGUAAGGUGGGCUCGAAGCUUGGAGAAGGGGUCGUUGAGGCGCUGAGAGCGCUGGGUAGUGGCUCAGGCUCCGAGUGCCUGCAAAUUCGGAUGGAUGUGCAGGCGGAACAACUAGAGCUGGUCGGCCCCGCUGAAUCCGUGGAUGUCGCCUCUCUGAGCUCUUCAAUAUCAUCGCAAGAGCCACGGUAUACCUUCUACAGAUACAGCCACCCGAAUGCCGAUGGGGAUGCGCCCAUUCUCUUCCUCUAUACGUGCCCAAGUACGGCAAAACCGAAAGAGAAGAUGCUCUACGCCGCUUCUAAGCGAGGCGUUGUAACGAUUGCAGAGAAGGAGGCUGGAUUGAAGCUUGCAAAGAAGCUUGAGGCGAGUGACCCCUCCGAGAUCACCGUGAGCAUGAUUCAAGACGAGUUCGCUCCGAAAGUAGAGGAGAAAGCUGGGUUUUCGAAGCCAAAGCGCCCUGGGCGGCGAUAG